AUGGCAGAGUUUCAGUAUCUUUGCAAGUUCUGUUUCACAUUGAUGGACGAGGAUGGAGACGGCAAGGUUAAGGUAUCCCAACUGGGGACUAUGCUUCGCAUGUUGGGGCAGAUAUGGUCGUACGCGUCCAUUUUGACAGUGGAGAACGAGUUGGGCAACCGGCCAGUGACACUUGACACAUUUCUUCGAAUUGCUAAACAAAAGAGAAUGGAAGAAGCGAAGGCUCGGAAGAAACCGAUAAGCGAACAAAUGAUGAAUAUGUACGGCAUUCCUUUCGAUAUAGGUCUGAGUAGAGAUGAGAUUAAUGAACUCAAAGUUUGCUUUGAUGUUUUCGAUCCGGAGGGCCGGGGUGUUUGCUCAGUGAAGGACGUUAGUCAGGUACUUUCAUGUCUGGGCGAACAGCUAUCUCCAUCGGAUGUUGAAAAACUUUUGGCUUUGGAAAAUUUAGAUCGGGCAGAGCAUCUACGAUUUGCGGAUUUCUGUGCCAUAUUCAGUCGAUUGCAACAGUAG